AUGAAUGAAGUAAAAUGCAUUUCAAGUUGCUUGAAAAACCUUGGAAUCGCUCAACAACGUAAUUUUUUUGUAGAUAAAAGGAUAGGCGCCAUUUUGAGAAAUUUCCACAGCCUCUCAUCAUGCAGCGAACAUGUGUUAAAGAAUAAAGAAAUAAAUCGAAAUAAGAAAAAGCAAUUAUGGAUGAAAAGAAUACACGUAAAGAACUUGCCGCGUAAAAAGUUUGGAAAUCAGCUGGGAACAGUAGCAAAAAUGCUAUACUUGAGGCAUGUCCGUGGGGAUGAAGCACAAGAUCGUGUCCUCUACACAAACAAGCGUACUGUGGAUUGUGGACAAAGUGCUCAUUCGGAUGCUUUCCUAAGUGGAGAAAAUAAUCCUGUUGCUGAAUCAAGUGAUACACAAAUUAGUCCUAACUGUAAGGUCAAUACCAGCACGCGCCAUUCAAAUGGGCAUAGCUUAUGCACCACUAAGGAGGAACUGCAACAUAAAUCGAAAGAACAAGGAAUUAUUCAACAUAGGAGAAGUGAAAAUGAAGUGACUUCAACCCGAAGUACAACAAAUGUACGCAAAAUGGGCAGCCCGAGUGAACACCACCGUGAUAAACACCUAUGGGACGACAUUUGCGACGAACUGAAGCAUCAUUUGCCGUUCCUUCAGCCGUAUAGUAUAACGACGGCUUUGAAUUAUCUGUCCAAAGUGAACUAUGAGGAAUACAACAUUUUCAAGCUAGUUGCAGAAAAUAUCGACGAAAGAUGGAUCAAAAAUUUUAACAUAAAAGAUCUCUCCCAACUGCUCUUGUCUUAUUCAAGACUUCAGACGAAAUAUGACUCAUUCGUAAACUUAAUUAGCAGAGAAUUGUUAUAUAAAAUAUGCUUUGCAAAUAUGGAGGAGAUCGCUUUAAUAGCCUACUCGUACACAAAAAUGAAAAUAUACGAUUAUGAGGUUUUUCUACAUUUGUGUAAUCAGACAAAACGAAGGUUGGAGAAGGAACUAUCACAAAGUGUAAGAAACUGUGUUGAUGCUACAGUUGAUGGUUUACAUAACACUGUACGGAUUGCUGAUAACGACAAAGGUGGACACCUGCAUGGAAACUGCGAUAAUGGGGGAAGGAUGUCCGGGGAAGAAUAUCCCUCUUACUCCUUGGAGGAUACACACAGAGGGGGCAUUUCCCAGAUGACAGUAAUUCAGCAAGAAAUGAACAAAACGGAAAUAAACGAUGGUCAAGCACACCUAAAUUGGGGACACCACACCAUUGGGGAAUCAUGCCUCCAAGCGGAUAAUGCUUACAGUAAAAUAAAUCUACAUAAGGGGUCAAGUUUUAGUGCCAGCUCCACUCAGUUAAGUAGAGGAAAAACUGCGCAACAGAAUGGCGAAAAUGGACCAAGCAAGAAAUAUUCCCACAUUUGUCUGUUGACCUACUGCCUCGGGAAAAACAAACAUCGGGAUGAUGCACUCCUUGGCUUAAUUUCAAAAUAUAUACAUGUGGACAGGAUUAAUUACAUAGAUGUAAGCAAUUUGUCUUACGCAUUUUCUGUGUUCGAUUUUUAUGAAGAUCGUUUUUUUGAGCAGUUGUGCGAAAAGAGUCUCCAAAUUGUGCAUUCUGCGGCGCCUUCUCAGAAGGUAGUUAUCAUGUCAUACCUUUUAAAACACCCGAGGGCAGAAAUGCUAAGGGUGUAUGUGUUGUAUGUUAAAAAUAUGGGCGAGGAAAUGGGACAGAAGGAUAUAUAUAAAGAACCUCUCCUCCUGAACAUGGGCAUAAACAGCUUUUCGAGUGACGUAUUUUUAGACUUCCUCCUUAAUGUAGUAACUUGUCAAGGAAGGGAUGGCAAUGCGCUGGAACAAAUAAAUGAAGCCAGAUUUUUGCUAAACUUUUUGGUUGACUACGCAACUUUUUUUAUGAAAGAAAAGAAAAUGUGUUCACGUGAUUAUCCGAAGAUUUUGAAUAUGCUGUUAAAAAUUUUUCCUAUUAUGGGUGAGAAGAAUAGCGGCAUUGCAUCUCCAUGUCAGACUGGGUCUCCCUGCAGGGUUACCCUCCUUAUAGAAGACCUGCUGGAUUUGAUCAUAACAGACAUGCACACAUUUCAUGCCCUCGACUUGGCUCAUAUUAGGAAUAUUUUUUUUCGUAUAAAGAAGGAAGGGGUGGAUGCCCAUUUUGGCAGAAGGGAAGAAGCAAUUUUAAAUUUUGUCAAUAAGAAUGUGGGUAAAGGGGGUGGAUAA